AUGUGGCUAAAGAAUGCCCAGCAGAAGAUGGUGCUGAGUCAGAUCCCUGGACAACCUCUUCAGACCCCUGGGAUGGAGCAGGCAGUGAUGCUAGUGAUCCGUGGGCUGAGGGACUGGGAGACUGUGAUGACCCCUGGGCAGACUCACAGAUGCACCUUCCCUGCCUGUGUUGGGCGUGGGUUGGUACUUGACAGCCUGCAGCGUUUGUGUACAGAUUUCUGGCACCUUACAGAGGAUCAGCGGCUGCAGCUUUUGCUUUCAACAUAUGGCUGCGACCGUGCCUCAGUCACGCAGACCAACUACAUGAUCGGUGACCAACAAGUCUGCUUUGCCAAUUUUUGCUCCAAGCUUGGCUGUUCCCAGACCGCCAUACGGAAGUAUAUCAAAGGCCAACCAGAUAUGAGAAAAUCCAAGUUCAAUGGCACACAUGUGGGCGGCCAGUCCAGAGAAUGCCAUGCCGCUGUGAAGUGUGACCACUUCUUUCGUGAGCUGCGCCAGUCAGUUGCAGAGGCCAUGCCAGAGGAUGAUGAAGCUGUCAUGGACGAUCCCUGGGACCAGGACAACCUGUACCAGCACAUGUCACCACCAGUCACUGUCUCCUGCCUGGCCAAUGCAGGUGGCCUCCAGCGGAGAUACAUUCAGAAGUGCAAGAUUUCAGACCUGUACUGGCAGUUCCAGGCGGAGUGGGCCACUUUAUCUGAGGCCCAUGAGCAAUUUGGAAGAGACAUUCCAAGCUAUGAUACCUUUCGGCGACGGUGGAACUCGCACUGGUGUGGUAUGCUGCACAUGCGGGAGAAGAGUCAGCAUAAGCAGUGCCAGAUUUGUUUUGAUUUGCAGCUGUGUUUGCACAGUCCUACAGUCCCACUGUCCACCAAGAUGGAAGCAGCAAAAACCUUGCGACGGCAUCAGGCUGAGCAGUAUGAGGACAGGAUGUUAUACUGGUCACUGCGCUUUGCUUCCCAGGCCCAAAGUCAUGGAAUGUCUGAAGAUCCCCUGCCAGCUUGUGGCUCCAGCUCAGUCCUCACAAUCAUUAUUGAUGAUAUGGACCAUAGCAAGUUUGCUUGGCCAAAGUUUCCAUUCCGGAAAUCACCUGCAGAGAUGGAGAACCUCAUCCGGCCAACAGUCACCUUCACAGGCGCCAUAGCCCAUGGCUGGGGCACAUACUUAUAUAUGGCCAAUCCCAAUGUCAUGGGUGGUUCAGACUACUUUUGUGAAGUCCUCUGUCAGCGCCGUGUCUUUCCUGCACACUUGGUUGUCAUAGCAGACAACACAGUCAAGAGUGCCAAGAACCAGUUUGUGUUGCGAUUUCUUUCCUACCUGGUCGGCAAGAAGCUGUUCAAAUCUGCAGCACUGUUUCAUUUGAUGGAAGGGCACACUCAUGAGGAUAUUGAUCAGCUGUUUGCUGUGGUCUUUUCCAUCAUGAAGAAGAAACAAUCUUGGCAGACCCCCGAAGAGAUUUUGGAGCACAUCCGAACAGGCCUACAGUCCUGCAGUCAAAUUCUUCAGCGUGGCGAACUGGUGGCAAGACAUGUGACUGGUGUCCGGACUUGGCUUCAGCCCAUGAAAGUGGAACUGCACAAUGCCUUUAAGGCCCGGUCCCUCAACCAGACGCCAGGGCUGGCACGGGUGGAAGUCCCGCAUUGCUAUACUUUUGUUGCAGGUGAUUCCAUGCCAGCAAAGCACAGAGACCUCUUGCCUGAGGGUGUGAACCCUUUUGCAGUCUAUGUUUGUGUCAAGAUGUAUGUGCGAGAUUUGCUGUUGAGUCAGCCGCCGCUGCUGAUGUGCACGCCAGAGCGGCUGCAAAGAAUCUUGGCUGGCAGCCCGCCCAUGGUGCAUGCCAUGGUUCCUUUGACUGAUGCACAGAUCAAAACUUGGUCUCAGAUAGCAGACCUUUGUGCAGGGAAGUAUGGUCUUCCAAAUGCUGCUCAUGCCUUGAACGCCAUGAUGGUGGAAAGGCGAUACCACGUCAUUGAGCUCACAUUUUUGAUGCAGCCACCACGGCAUUUCAUUGCAGUCCCAGAUGGCAAUGCACAGCUGCCAUGUCUGCCAUCCACUUGCUGGAGGCUCAUGGCCCGGUUUAAGCGUUGA